GUUACCACGUCUGCAAUUUCUUCAGACAGCAAGUUAUAACAAAAGCAAACGUGAAAGUCUGUGUGAAACUGGGUAAAUCUGGCACAGAGAUGUUUGACAAGAGGAAGAACAUCACCGGAAACGGCGAGAGAUCAGGAAGAACUUCACUGAGCUCCACCCCCGAAAAUGUCGAAACCUUUCAGCAACUUGCGUAUAAUGAUUGUCGGCGACGAUCCACGUGAUCUCACUUCCUCACCCACCCUCCUCGCCAGAUUUGGCUCCUAUGGAUGUCUUCCUCUUCCCGAAGAUGAAGACAACUCGUAUACUGAGAUCCACUCUUCCAGGAAGGAUUUCUACUAGAUUUUGGAACAUGGCCAUGUGGAUUUCUGAUUAUUCAGCCAUAAGUAUCAGGCAUUGGUGUUGUAUAAGGAGGUCUGGAGAUUCCAGUUUAUCCCAAAGGUGUUCAGUGGGGUCGAGGAGGUCAGGGCUCUGUGCUGGACACUCAAAGUCCGCCAGCCCAAGCCUAAGACAAGUGUUUAUGUACCUCACUUAUUUAUUAGAGGUGCAACGGAUCGCAAUUGAUUCAUGAUCCGUAUGGACAAUCGCAGAAUCUUUCGAUGUUGUUUUUUAAGUCAUUUUGUAAAUACACAGAGUAUUCGUGUUCACGUGAAUGGGACAUGUUAAUCGGUCAACAACAAUGGCUAACGUAGGAGCAGAAGAACUUGAAAAGCAUCAUUCCAAUGGCAUGCAUGGGAGCAUUUCCUUGCUGUAACUGCCACAAAGUGGUGUGCUUUCUCCAGCAUGCACCUCUAGACUUGGAGAGGAUGCUCGAUUUCUAAAUAAUGUCAAUAAAUCAAAAUUCACCAUAUUUGCCCGCUUAAAGAAAAGAUAGCAUAUGAACCUGUACUGCAUUCUAUAAGUUGAGCACAGCAGAGUUUUUUUUUCUAAUUUCAUAAAUAAGACUUUUUUUUCUCCUAAACUGAAGUUCUUAUAUAAUUUUGCACAAUGUUUGAAGGUCCCCAAAGUUCAUGAGUUUUGCAGUACAUGCGGUGUACAAAUUGGAUGCGAACCCAAUAUCCAGUCUCUGGACUCAUAUCCCAAGAAAAAAUACAUUUUUCUACUUCUCUUUUAAUUCACCAAUUUGUUACCCAUUUACAUUUCCAAAAUUCAGCAGACCAUUUUAGGAAUUAAAUAAAUCUGCUCUAAAUCUGGUUUAUUUGAACCUGGAAGAAAAACACCAUUAGUUUAAUGUUGAGAGAAAAUAUAGUUAAAAAAGGGCAAUGUUUUUAAAGUACUUCAGAAAGAAGUAGGUCUUUAGAUCUAUAGAUACUAGAACAGAGUAGAGUCUCAGAGUAUUCCUUUCUUGAUGCACCUUGCUGGCCAGUGGCAUUUACAUCAGAUCGUUCCUGUAAAUUUUAAUAGGUGAGGCCUUACAGCAGAGCCAAAGAAAUGUGCAAUUAUCCAGGCUUUCACUUGGGCAAUGGAGCUGUUUGUGUUUUCAUGAAAAGAGAGUGCUAGAUACUGUCUAGAUAAAAAAAAGUUUCUAUGUGGGGGCCUGCAUCUGCAUUCUCAUGAUUUUUCUCUUUCUUUUGUUCUAAACACUAAAACUUUAGACAAAGACAAAGCAUCAUCUGUGAGCUUGUGAUGAUUCUCACCUGAGACUUGGUUUAUUUUUGGGCGGUAUCUAUGCAAAAUGUGUGUUGAGCAAUGAAAAAACAAACCAAAACAACAACACAAAGCACUAAAAAAAGUUACCCAUCCACCCGAGUCUUUAUCAUAUUAUUAUCUGAGCUUUAACAAGUUUCAUCAAGUUUUUUGUGACAAGAAUAGUUUCACUUUUGUUUUUUUCACAUACACAUAACUGUGCAUACAGGUGAAUAGAAUCUAAAUCAAGAAGGACUCCAGCAGGCAAAGUGACAUCUUUGUUUAAAGCUUUGGUAAUUAGUGAAAAAUUUUAGAUUCUGCAGAUUCAGAGACAGCCAACUGAAAGCAAGAUGGCCUUCUGGAAAUCCUUUCAGAAAUUUCCACAGGACAAACCCAAUUCUAAAGACGACCAAGCAGAUGGUGUCAUGUUUGACCAACCGUGGAGAAACAUAAAUUGGAUAAAAAGUGAGAUAGUGGAAGAGCUAAAAGAGUUUGCACUCUGCAAUCCCGAAGUCAAACAACUCAGAUUUCUGAUGGCCGGACCCAUUGGGGGUGGAAAAUCCAGCUUUGUGAAUUCCGUGAAUAGCGCAUUUCAAAACAGAGUUACGAACAUAGCAAUCAUGUCGACAACAACUAACACCAGCUGCACCACAGUAUACAAAAAUUACAAAAUCAAAAAUGGAACCGGUGGAACUUUAUCAUUUAUAUUCACUGACACUAUGGGCCUGGAAGACGGCCAGGAACAUGGAGCUCAUCCGGGUGAUUUGAAUAACGCAUUACAUGGCAACUUGCCAGAAUGCUAUAAGUUUAAUCCUCUCAGAUGUUUGACAUCUCAGGAUAUAGGCUACAUUAGCAAACCCUCAUUGGAAGAGAAGACACACUGCCUGAUCUGUGUUGUGUCAGGGAACAGCAUUUCUCAAAUGUCCAAUGAGGUCAUUAGCAAGCUAAAGCAAGUCUUUAAAGAAGCUACUGAGAUUGGAAUCCCUCAGGUUGUUAUCAUGACCACAAUUGAUCAAGUUUGUCCUCUGGUCAAGAAGGAUCUGCAAAACGUCUACAAAAGCAAGAAAAUAAGGGAGAAGAUGGCGGUAUGCAGUGACACCCUGUCAAUUCCUAUGACCUGCAUCUUUCCUGUAAAGAACUACCAUGAGGAGACAGAAACAAACGAUGACAUUGAUGUCCUCCUCCUGUCUGCACUGAAACAAAUCAUACAUUUUGCCAAUGAUUUCACCGAAGAGCUCUAAACUCUUCCUAAUAUAAAAAAAGUACUCCUUUAAAGUGUUGAUUCUGAUAAAUCAGUCAAAAAAAAUCUACUGUAUAAGUAAUAAAUCAGAGAAGAGGCAUUUAAAAGACAUAAAUAUGUACUAUUCGACCAUGUAAUAGUAUAAUAUUGAACACCCUGCUAUUUUGCAAGUUCUCCCACUUAGAAAUCAUGGAGGGGUCUGAAAUUGUCAUUGUAGGUGCAUGUCCACUGUGAGAGACAUAAUCAAAAAAAAAAAAAAAU